CUUCAGAAUGGGCAGUCUUCCUUCAGAUGCAUCUGGACAACAGCAGCAUCGGGUCAUGGAGAAGUGCCCCUAGAUUCACCAAGUACGGAGGACAUCCUUUCAACUGCAGACCUUUCGUUAGCAACGCAAAUGUAUGCGGGGGUAUCAACUCAAGUUUGGGUGGCGAAUUAUCGCUUAUCCAGCUGCUGUCAGCGGGAUUUCGGACCUUAAGCGCAUCGACUCAGACCCUGAGCUCUGCAAGUACCCGCAGGGUGCUGCGAGAGCACCAGGGAGAAGAUGAAUAUCCAGGUUGUGCCAGAACACAAGCUCUCAUCGGUGGCCCCGCUGAAGCAGUGCGAUGUGGAGAAAAGGGAGGUAGAACUGAUACUGGUGAAGGACCAGAAUGGCGUCCAGUACACCAGUUCCUCCAUCAUCCCCUCCCCUGGCCACCUCGCAGGUCCCCCAGGAUCCACCGAGGAGGAACGAGAAACUUGGGGCAAGAAAAUGGACUUUCUCCUCUCGGUUAUUGGCUUCGCGGUGGACCUGGCCAAUGUUUGGAGAUUUCCCUAUUUGUGCUACAAGAAUGGAGGAGGUGCCUUUUUGAUCCCGUACAUUCUUUUCCUGGUCAUUGCGGGGAUGCCAUUGUUCUACAUGGAGCUUGCCUUGGGCCAGUACAACAGGGAAGGGGCAGCUACAGUUUGGAAAAUUUGCCCUGCCUUUAAAGGUGUGGGCUACACUGUGAUCAUCAUAGCCCUGUAUGUUGGCUUCUACUACAAUGUCAUCAUCGCCUGGUCCCUCUACUACCUGUACUCCUCCAUGACCAGGGAUCUGCCGUGGCUCUUAUGUGGAAACAUCUGGAACAGCCUGAACUGCACCGACCCCAAAGCCGUCAACGGGUCCCUCCUUGGCAACGGGUCCUACGCCAAGUACAAGAUGACCCCGGCAGCAGAGUUUUAUGAACGGGGUGUGCUGCAUCUCCAUGAGAGUAGGGGUAUCCAGGACCUUGGCCUGCCCCGCUGGGAGCUGACUGUGUGUCUGGUGGUGGUGCUCUUCAUCCUCUACUUCAGCCUGUGGAAAGGUGUCAAAUCCUCAGGGAAGGUGGUGUACAUCACAGCUACCAUGCCCUACAUUGUCCUUGUUGUCUUGCUGAUCCGAGGCAUAACUCUACCUGGAGCCAAGGAUGGCAUCAAGGCCUACCUCAGCAUAGACUUGAAGCGGCUCAACAAUCUGGAGGUGUGGAUUGAUGCUGCCACCCAGAUAUUCUACUCACUGGGAGCAGGCUUUGGGGUGCUCAUUGCUUUUGCCAGUUAUAACAAAUUUGACAACAACUGCUACAGGGACGCUCUCCUGACCAGCACUGUGAACUGCGUCACUAGUUUCUUAUCAGGGUUUGCCAUCUUCUCUGUGCUCGGAUACAUGGCUUAUAAACAUGGAGUGAACAUAGAAGAUGUGGCAACAGAGGGGGCAGGACUGGUGUUUAUCAUCUACCCCGAGGCGAUCUCUACUCUGCCUGGCUCGACGUUUUGGGCUAUUGUGUUCUUCAUAAUGCUGCUGACUCUGGGCAUUGACAGCUCGAUGGGCGGCAUGGAGGCGGUGAUCACAGGCCUGUCGGACGACUUUAAGUUCCUCAAGAGGAACAGAAAGGUCUUCACCUUCGCCACGGCCUUUGGAACGUUCCUGGUUGCUCUCCUCUGCAUCACCAAUGGUGGGAUCUACGUGCUGACCCUGUUAGAUAAGUAUGCAGCGGGGACCUCUAUACUGUUUGCUGUUCUGAUCGAGGCCAUUGGAGUGUCAUGGUUUUACGGUGUGGACCGCUUCAGUGAAGAUAUUGAGCGGAUGAUGGGCUUCAAGCCAGGUCUUUACUGGAGGCUGUGCUGGAAGUUUGUCAGCCCAGCUUUUCUGCUGUUUGUUGUAAUAGCCAGUGCAGUGACCUCGUCAGGCCUGAAGUAUGACGACUACGUCUUCCCUUACUGGUCUAACGUAGUUGGCUGGGGUGUGGCCAUGUCCUCCAUGAUGUUUGUCCCCUGUUAUGCCAUUUAUAAAUUCCUCAGCGUAUCUGGAACAUUCAAACAGAGAAUAGCUUAUUGCAUCACUCCAGAGCAUGAACACCAUUUGGUCGCUGAGGGAAAUAUACGGCAGUUCACACUCAAGCAUUGGUUGGCCAUCUGAUGACAAAUACCCAGAAUUCCCUCAUCCAUCCUCACAUUUGGUGUUUGGAGUUCCUGUGUGCCACCAGUGGUCGGACAGACAAGAAAAGCACCAGGCUCCAUCCUCUCUCAGCAGCCUGCCUCUUCUCCCUACACCACCCAAGGAAUUAGUUGUAAACAGUAGCUUCACGCCCUUUGUUUUCAGAGUUAGGCUUUUUACCAUUCAACCCCUUCAGAUUAUAAGGGAAGGGCUCCCCAGGGGGACAAAGUACUGUUAUAGGCCCAUCGUUUUAAUAUUCUUGUAAUGAAUCAUAACUGGACAUAUAUGUGAUGUGAGUAUCAUCUCCUGGAAGGGAGAUAAAGUAAAAUUAAAACCAAAACCAUCACAAUAUCCUGCUAAUUAUAAUACAGGUAACCCAAAUGUUUUUUUUUUUCAUCAGUUAUGAUUACUUUUAGUUUGAAGAGAGUCUCUGUUCUUGCCGUUCUCCUGGCAGAGUGGCUUAUCUGUGUCAGUGCCUUAUCAAGCGAGACACUCCAUGUUUCUUACAGUCCACACAGGAAAAAAGUAAAGUUGUGUAGUUUUUGAAUGGCUCUAUUGAUUUGACCCAGUCCUUUGAUAUCUACUGAAGAGCUAAGAGUCAACAGUGCAUGAAGUUGAAGCUCCUUAGCGUAGAUGUUCAUGUCAGUCAGGCCUGAUAUAAUGCUUUUGAGUCACAUUCUGUUACAGAAAAGGGAAUAACGCAUGCAUCACUCCUUAGCUUUAAACGACCAUGAGGCAGGCUUAACACACCUCGUAUGCUUUGAAAGGCUAAACACACAUAACCAGGCCUUAAUCUCAAAGAAGUGACUAAGGCUGAACUGGGUAGCCUGGCUGCUAACUGAAGGGGAAGAAAAUCAGCAAAACAAAUGGCGUAACUGUUACAAAUUGUCAUUUUUUAAAAUUGUUGUGUGACUUUUACUUUUUUAAAUGUUUCAAAUGUUCAGCACUUCUGAAGAGUAUUUGUGGCUUUUGCUCCGAAGAAACACAGUGAGAAAGAGUGAGAGAAAGAUACUGUGUGUGUGUGUGUUUGUUGGGAUUUUGUUGCCGACCAUACAGUAUGCUUUUAGUGAACAGUACACAAAGGAAUAACAAUUCCUCUUUGAAUGCACUGUAUAUCAAGUGCAUGAUAACAUCUCUUAUAUAUUCAUUUGAAACGUAUUUUCUGAUAUUACACUUUUUCACCACCAAAAAAGUGCCAUAAUGUUCCUUUCAGAAUGUUUUUUUAUUUAUUGGAAUGAAGUUGAAUUUGAGCCAUGAAUCAUAAGAGACCCUUACUGAAAGGAAUAAAGCCACAAAGAAAAAAAAUCAAAUAUAUGUGGAAUAUAUAAGAAGAUAUAAAAAAUAUAUUCUUUUGUUAUGUAUAAUCUUAUAUUUAUCAAAUUGUUUAUAACAAAACGUGAAUGUAAAGUAUUUUAAGCGUAUCUGUCCACAGUCAUAACAUGGUGUUUGAUGUAUAGCUAAAGAUGAACUAUUUAGAUGAAAUAUUCUUCAGCGUAACCCCGGGCUACUUUGUCACUGAAUGUGGUUAAAUACACCCUGGCUUUCCUGGACUAUGUUUACAGAAAUACUGUGUACAAUACCAAUGUCCUGUUGAACGUGAGUGACAACUAUCUAUAAAGAAGUCUGAAGUAUUCACACUAUGAUAAUAAAGAAUUCCUUGUACACACA